AUGACGACCGCGUCGACGCCCGCGGUCGCGACGGACGCGAACGCGCUCGAGACGUACACCGCGGAGACGCUCGCCGCGCUCACGCGCGCGGGCGAUCCCCCGACGUGCGCGCUCGCGUGCGAUGGGCUCGUGUUCGACGUGUCGUCGGGACGGGAGUUUUACGGCGUCGACGGACCCUACGCCGCGCUCAACGGACGGGACGCCACGCGCGCGUUGGCGACGAUGACGAUCGCCUCCGCGGGGGUCGAGUGGGCGCGGACGCGAGGGGUUGAGCGAGGGAGAGGUGAAGACGCUGGAGGAGUGGACGGAGCGAUUUAA